UCACUUUUGCCAUUGUUUCAUGUUUUAUUUCAUACCAACGCGAUCCAGCAUCGCAUGUAAACAGACAUGAAUUUAAAUAUCAUGAGUGGAUGGUUUGGCUUGCUUGUGAUGUUAGGAAUAUCUGAAGCAACAUUGUCUAAGAGUGACAAGAAGAAGGAACGACCAAAUGAGAUAAAAUUAAGCUCUGUGAAUGUCAUAGACAGAGGUUUAGUGACAGAGAAAGUCAAGUCUACGGACAUCAUUAAGGAGCAUGCCUCAUAUUGCGACAGAGAUCGAGAGGUCAAACAUUUCCCUGGGGUCACUCUGGCCUAUGUCACACCGUGGAACAGUCAUGGCUAUGAUAUAGCUAAGACUUUCUCUCGGAAGUUCUCCUUCGUGUCUCCAGUCUGGUUACAGAUCAAAAGAAGAAAAGGAGGAACCUUCUAUAUACAAGGGGACCAUGACAUUGAUCAGGGUAGGUAUAUACAGGGGGACCAUGACAUUGAUCAGGGUAGGUGUAUACAGGGGACCAUGACAUUGAUCAGGGUAGGUGUAGACAAGGGGACCAUGACAUUGAUCAGGGGUAGGUAUAUACAGAGGGACCAUGACAUUGAUCAGGGUAGGUGUAGACAGGGGGACCAUGACAUUGAUCAGGGUAGGUGUAUACAGGGGGACCAUGACAUUGAUCAGGGUAGGUGUAUACAGGGGGACCAUGACAUUGAUCAGGGUAGGUGUAUACAGGGGGACCAUGACAUUGAUCAGGGUAGGUGUAGACAGGGGGACCAUGACAUUGAUCAGG